CUCCCUCCCUCCCUACUUUUCUCACUCCCAAUUCUCUUUUCCUUUCUUUCAUCUUCAAAAACUCUGCAUUUCUUUUCAUCUCAUCUCCUUGAGAAAAGAAAAACAGGGCCAUGGCAGAUGUACUCCUCUCCUCUCUCUUACAGACAAUCUUCACGACCUUGACCUCCUCAGCCCUACAGGAGUUCGGAAUCGCCUGGGGUCUCGAAACUGAGCUGAAAAAUCUGGAGAGUACUUUGAGUACAAUCCAGGUAGUGCUUGUUGAUGCAGAGGCCAAGCAAUGGACGAGCGAGCCCAUCAAGAAUUGGCUCCGAAAGCUCAAGGAUUCAGCUUACGAUGCCGACAACGUGUUGGACGAAUUCACCACCGAAGCCCUCAAACGAAAACUGGAUUCUCAAAUACACCGAGUAAGUGCCUUUUUCUCUCUUCCAAAUCGGCUUAUAUUUCGUUUAAAGAUGGGGAAUAAGAUUAAGGGUGUUAAGGAGAGUUUGGAUAGAAUUGCUGGAGAGAGAAGUUUUCACCUGACGGAGGGCUUGAUGGUGCCCGAAUCUCGUGGGGUGGAGGGAAGACAGACUAGUUCCUUCGUGAAUGAAUCCGAAAUUCUUGGAAGGAAUGACGAGAAAGAAAGGAUAAUUAACAUGUUGCUCGAUGAUUUGAGCGACCGCAAUGGUGUUUCGGUGUGUGCUGUAUGCGGCAUGGGGGGCCUCGGCAAGACUACACUCGCUAAAUUGGUGUACAAUGAUAAGAGAGUGGAGGGGCACUUCGAUUUAAGACUUUGGGUUUGCGUGUCCGAUGAUUUCGACAUAAAGAGACUAACGGGAGCGAUUGUAGAGUCCAUAGAAGGAGGCGCGUGCAAUAUCACAAACUUGGAUCCACUCCAAUGCCGCCUCCAAGAAAAAUUGAGCGGCAGGAGAUAUUUGCUUGUCUUGGACGACGUGUGGAAUGAGUACCACGAGAAGUGGGAUAGACUAAAAGACGUACUUAGGUGUGGAGCUAAAGGCAGUAAGGUUGUAGUGACAACAAGGAGUCAGAAAGUUGCUCAUAUUAUGGCUACGCUUCCUGUGCACCUUAUGGUUGGUCUAUCGGAGGAUGAUUCUUGGUCCUUGUUUGAGCAACGAGCUUUUGACAAUCGAAGGAUGGAGGAAGACCAUGAGCUGUUUGAGAUUGGGAAGGCGAUAGCCAAAAAAUGCGGAGGGUUGCCCUUAGCGAUAAAAGCUCUAGGAAGCCUCAUGCAGUUUAAAAGCAGUAAAAGUGAAUGGUUAUCUGUGAGGGAUAGUAAGAUUUGGGAUCUACCAGAUGAUGGAAGUACGAUCUUGCCUGCCCUAAGGUUGAGCUAUGACAAUUUACCUCCACACUUGAGGCAAUGUUUUGCUUAUUGUUGUAUAUUCCUUAAAGACAGUCGGAUGGAGAAAGACACGUUAAUUGAGCUGUGGAUGGCAAAUGGUUUUAUUCCCUCCAAGGGAGAAACAACUUUGCAUGAUACGGGCCAUGAGAUUUUUAAUGACUUGGUUUGGAGGUCCUUCUUACAAGAUGUGGAGGAAUAUUUCGAUGGCAAAACCGUAUGUAAAAUGCAUGAUCUUAUGCAUGAUCUGGCGCUAUCUAUUAUGCAAUAUGAUUUAUAUGUUAUGGACCCGCAUAAGGAUCUGAAAGUUCCAGGAAAGGUUCGUCACGUGCUUCUUAACAGUCGAUCAGCAGGGGGAGUAACUUUGAAUGAGGCUAUGCUUGAGGUUCCAUCUCUACGGUCGUUUGUUUUACAUCCAAACCAUGAUUUUUCUUGGGAAGAAGUGUCUCCUUGGAUAUCCAAGCAGAAGUAUCUCAGGGUGUUGGAUUUGAGUGGUUACAAUAUUUUUGGGAAAGUACCAACAUUAAUUUCGAACUCCAACCAUCUUAGGUACCUCGACAUGUCGUACUCUUGCAUAGUAUAUGUUCCAGAAUCCAUAUGUGAUCUCCAAAACCUAGAGACUUUGAAACUUAAAAAUUGUUUUGAGCUUUGUAAGUUGCCCAAACGCAUGAAACAUAUGAGAAAUCUCAUAGACCUGGACAUUAAAGGGUGUGAUUCUCUUAUUUCUAUGCCUCCUAAAUUGGGACAACUGACUUCCCUACGAAGACUAAGCAUAUUCAUUGUGGGCCAAGCUGAGGGUUACCGUAUUGGCGAGCUGAAAGAAUUAAAUCUUGCGGGGGAGCUAGAAAUAAAGAAACUUAAUAAUGUAAGAAGUCCAGCCGACGUCAAGAAUGCCAAUUUGAAGGGGAAACAUGAUCUUGUUUCUCUGAAUUUACAUUGGAGUGAUCACAAAGAAGAAAACUUACCCAAUGAUGUUGAAGGGUUGCUUGAGAGUCUCCAACCUCACUCGAAUCUAAAAAAGCUGAGUAUAAGUUAUUAUCGAGGUUCAAAGUUUCCAAAUUGGAUGUCUGGUUUGUCUUCUCUGAAGCUAUUGAGACUUCAUGACUGCCCUAAACUAGGAAAUUUGUCAGGACUCGAAAUCCUAAACUCUCUGGACUCACUUGAUAUAUUUGGAUGUCACAGUCUUACAGACCUUAAGGGCUUGGAAGGCUUAACUUCCCUCAGAUCCUUACAUAUUGUAGACUGUCUCAAACUAAGGUCGUUAUCGGAGGGAAUGCAACAUCUGACGGUACUCCGAGAGUUCAGUAUCAUUGGAUGUCCAGAGAUACAAUCUUUUCCAGAGGGCAUGCGACAUUUGAAUUCUCUCCGGAAUAUGAUAAUACUCCAUUGCAAAGGAUUAAUUUCUCUACCAAACUGGCUAGGAAGCCUCCAGUCGCUAUCAUACUUAAGAGAUUCGGCGUUGUAGUAAUCUGAGGUCUAUACCGGAUGGGCUGAGGGGUCAAAAGAAUCUGAGAGAGCUGCGAAUUGGGGAAUGUCCCAAUUUGGAGAGGCGGUGCAAGAAAGAGAGUGGCGAGGAUUGGCUG